CUCAUCAAGCUGCUGGAUGGGAAACGCUCUCAGGCCGUGGGAAUAUUAAUAUCCAGCCUCCAUCUGGAGAUGAAGGACAUUCAGCAGGCUGUUCUGACGGUGGAUCAUUCUGUGGUGGAUCUGGAGACCAUCGAAGCUUUAUAUGAGAACAGAGCUCAGCCUGAUGAACUGGAGAAGAUCAGAAAACACUACGAGACGUCUAAAGAAGACGAGGUGAAGCUCCUGGAUAAACCUGAACAAUUCCUGUACGAACUCUCGCAGAUUCCCGACUUCGCCCGCCGCGUGCACUGCAUCAUAUUCCAGUCUGUGUUUGUGGACUCCAUAUCAUCCGUCCAUCGGAAGCUGGAGAUCAUCUCUGCUGUGAGCAAGGCUUUUCUUGAUAAUGACAGUGUGAAGGACGUGAUCGGCCUCAUCUUGGCUUUUGGAAACUACAUGAACGGUGGAAACCGGACCAGAGGACAGGCGGACGGAUUCGGACUGGAGAUUCUGCCUAAACUAAAAGAUGUCAAGAGCAGGGACAAUCGUAUGAGUCUGGUGGAUUAUGUAGUGUCGUACUACCUGCGAAACAUGGACAAGAACGCAGGAACAGAGAAGAGCGUUUUCCCGCUUCCCGAACCUCAGGAUCUCUUCCACGCCGCUCAGGUCAAGUUUGAAGAUCUCGCAAAAGACCUUCGCAAGUUAAAGAAGGAGCUGACAGCGUGUGUGAAGGAGGUUGAGCAGGUGUGUGAAAACUCCUCUGAGGAACAUCUACAGCCCUUUAAGGACAAGAUGGAGAGCUUCGUCAGCACCGCACAAUCACAGUACGAGACUGAAGACGAGCGACUGCAGGCGGCACAGAAGAGUUUCCAGGACAUGGUGAUGUACUUCGGGCUCAAACCCAAGUCUGGAGAGAAAGAGGUUUCUCCAAAUCAUAUCUUCAUGCUGUGGUACGAAUUCUGCAAUGAUUUCAAGAGCAUCUGGAACCGAGAGAAUAAAAACAUCUCCAAAGAGAGACUGAAAGAAGCUCAGCAGACCGUCCAGAAAAUCACGGCUGAGAAGAAAGUGGAGACGAAGAAGACCAACGCAAACAGUCUGAAAGAGCGACUGCGAAAGAAAGAAGCCGGCGUGUCGUCCAGCUGAGACAGACACAGAAGCACCAGAGAACCGUGUGGAACCACUUCAGUAUGAGACAAACGUAUGUUAUUAGGUCAAGAAGAAACAUCUGACAUCGAUAUAUCUAUCAGAAUCAGCUGUGCCUCAUAUUCAUCGAAGGGUCGGCGUUAUAUUAUCUGAGUCUCGAUGUUUCAACACAUUUUCCUUUUGCCAAAAUGAGACUUGACGAAGCACUUUUACGCUCCUUCUCACUCGUGGAGUCUAUGCAAUGUCCUCCGUUUCAGAAGAGAAAUGUGCAAAUCAUAUCCAUGCAUUAAAUGUGAGAACAGUAUGAUGGGGAACGUGUGUCAUCGACUACAUCUGAUGACAUUUUCAUGUGUAACCGAGUCAAAGUCAAAGGCUUUAUUGAGGAAUACCGUGUUAUGAGGAUGUCAGAAAGUGGUUUUGCUUCCCUGUUGGUUUAUGUUGUAAUGCAUUCUGUCAUUUAUCCAGUUAUUUCAUGCGCAGAUGUGUUGAAAACGUCCUGGAACAUUAUCACAGUGUCAGAUUUUAUUGACAUUUUUUUUAUUUUAUUUCCUGUAACAAUUUGUACAUUUAUUAGGUGCAAUAAACGUUUUGGACAUCAGCGAAAUGAAACAUAAGAAACUGUGUCUUCUGAUUUCUGAAAAAGUAUUUACAUUAAAACCACACUUCAACAAUAAACCCAUAUAGUUGUUCAAUCAAUGCAACGUUGAUUUCCAAUACGCUUUUUUUAAUAGUUAUUAAAUUUUAGGUCCUUAGAAAGAUGGUUUUAUUUAAAUAGUGUUUGGUUUUUACUCUCUUCAUGAACUUAUUGUCUUGUAAAUGAUCUAACAAGCAAAUCAAAACGUGAACUUUCUAGAUUAUAUAUGGGAGGAACAAUGCAUUUAGAUGAAGUUUCUCAAAGCGCCUGCAGUUUAAUGACUGUCGAGCGUUAAAAAGCUUUCGCACUACAUUAGCUGGUGUGUUUGGCUGUGGAUGCGGUUGAGCUCAGUGCGUAAAACACACAGCGUGAAAUUGAUUUCUGUGGUCGUUUAUGAAGCGUUUAAUCAUGUGUUCGACAGAGAGAGAGAGAUCAGGGGUCAAAAUGUUUGACCUUUUAUUAAUACCAUCUUCCCACAGGCUUUGAACAUCUUCCUACAGGCACAUCAUACACAACAUCUGUACAUCCUUUGCUCUUCACAACCAAAUCUUUUCAAUGUUUCACCUCUGUGACUGAUAUUAUAAAUAGAUGAGUAGCUUGAAGAAAAACAGUGUCUCAUUCGGUCACAUUAGAAAAAAGUGCUUCCACAUAGUGGAAACUAUCAGUCCUUAAACUGUCUUAAUUCUAGAUUUGGAGAUGAAUGAAGACAUUCAGCGUGAGGAAUGAUGCUCUUCUGCAUCUGUCACCAUCACAAACACAGAGCUCAGGACUGAUCUCGUCUAUAUUUGUCCUGGACGCUCUCUAGCAUGUGGGUAGCUGAUCUAAAUACAUUGAAAAUAUUAGGAUUUUUACAAUUGAAACCAAUCAAAUGAACAUAAAUGGGUGAUCAUUUGACAUGUUUUAAAACCUUUUUUUUUUGUCUUUUGGUAGAUUUUCACUGUAGCUGAACAUGGUUUAUGAAACGUCAUCUGUUCAUUAAUGAGCACAAUAAAUGUUGCAUGUUUAAUAAGCAUAAAAUAACAUUUAAACAAUGUUUGAAAAGUUUUUAGAUGACUACUAACCACAUUCACGACUAGUCGAAAUCUGCAUUAGAAAGUAUUAUUAUUUUGUUGUAUUAGAAUCUAGUAUUAGGGCUUUAGAUAUUUAAAUAAUUGUGGUACAAAAUUAAUGCAAAAUUAUUUCAGUGACCAGUCAAAUGAAAGU